AUGCUCAAGUGCAUCCCGCUCUGGCGCUGCAACCGGCACGUGGAGUCGGUAGACAAGCGGCACUGCUCGCUGCAGGCCGUGCCCGAGGAGAUCUACCGGUACAGCCGCAGCUUGGAGGAGCUGCUCCUCGACGCCAACCAGCUGCGCGAGCUGCCCAAGCCCUUCUUUAGGCUACUGAACCUGCGCAAGCUGGGCCUGAGUGACAACGAGAUCCAGCGGUUGCCUCCGGAGGUGGCCAACUUCAUGCAGCUGGUGGAGUUGGAUGUGUCCCGGAACGACAUCCCUGAGAUUCCUGAGAGCAUCAAGUUCUGCAAAGCUCUGGAGAUUGCUGACUUCAGUGGGAAUCCCUUAUCCAGGCUUCCCGAAGGCUUCACUCAGCUACGCAGUCUGGCUCACCUGGCGCUAAAUGACGUGUCCCUGCAGGCGCUGCCUGGGGACGUGGGCAACCUUGCCAACCUGGUGACCCUGGAGCUCCGGGAGAAUCUGCUCAAGUCCCUGCCUGCGUCCCUGUCUUUCCUGGUCAAGCUGGAACAGCUGGAUUUGGGAGGCAAUGAUCUGGAAGUGCUGCCUGACACCCUGGGGGCCCUGCCCAACCUGAGGGAGCUGUGGCUGGACCGGAACCAGCUAUCUGCCCUGCCCCCGGAGCUCGGGAAUCUGCGGCGCCUGGUGUGCCUGGACGUGUCUGAGAACCGGCUGGAGGAGCUGCCUGCAGAGCUCGGGGGGCUGGUGCUGCUCACUGACCUGCUGCUCUCCCAGAAUCUGCUGCAGCGGCUUCCCGACGGCAUCGGUCAGCUGAAGCAGUUGUCCAUCUUGAAGGUGGACCAGAAUCGCCUGUGUGAGGUGACAGAAGCCAUCGGGGACUGUGAGAACCUGUCGGAGCUGAUCCUCACAGAGAACCUGCUGACGGCCCUGCCCCGCUCCUUGGGGAAACUGACCAAGCUGACCAACCUCAACGUGGACCGGAACCACCUGGAGGCACUGCCGCCUGAGAUUGGGGGCUGCGUGGCACUCAGCGUCCUCUCUUUGAGGGACAACCGCCUGGCCGUCCUGCCACCAGAGCUUGCCCACACAGCUGAGCUACACGUGCUGGAUGUGGCGGGCAACCGGCUGCAGAGUCUGCCAUUCGCACUCACGCACCUCAACCUGAAGGCCUUGUGGCUAGCAGAGAACCAGGCACAGCCCAUGCUUCGGUUCCAGACCGAGGAUGACGCCCAGACAGGCGAGAAGGUGCUCACCUGCUACCUGCUGCCUCAGCAGCCGCUGCCCAGCCUUGAGGACCCUGGGCUGCGGAGCAGCCCUUCGGAAAGCUGGGGUGACGCCCCGCUCAGCCGUGUCAGCGUCAUCCAGUUCCUGGAGGCCCCCAUGGGUGACGACGACCCGGAGGAAGCCGCUGCUGAGAAACGGGGUCUGCAGCGUCGGGCUACGCCACACCCCAGCGAGCUCAAGGUGAUGAAGAGGGGUGUGGAGCGCCGGAGCGAAGCCACCUCCUGCAGGCCUGACCCUGUGCCACCCUCACCCUCCGAGGAGGAGAAGAGGCUGAGCAUUGAGUCUGGCCUGAGUGCAGACUCGCACUUGUCUGCCGGCACAGCCUCCCAGGGUGAGCCUGAGGGCCCGCUGGCUGAGGAGGAGGGGCUGAGCCAGCAGGAACCCAUGCCAGCCACCCAGGAGGAGGUCAUGGAGGAGACCUACGAGGAGCCCACCGUGCGCUUCGCGGAGGACACGCUGCUCCUGCCCAGGGAGGAUGGCGAGAGUGAGGAGGGCCAGCCAGAGGCGCCCUGGCCCCUGCCAGGGGGCAGACAGAGGCUCAUCCGCAAAGACACGCCCCACUACAAGAAGCACUUCAAGAUCUCCAAGCUGCCCCAGCCUGAGGCCGUGGUGGCCCUCCUGCAGGGGACACCGCCAGACAGUGAGGGCCCGGUGGGGGCUGGGGGCUGGCACAACGGCCCCCACAUGUCCUGGGCUCCGAGAGCAGAGGAAGAGGAGGAAGGCGAGGCUGAGGAGGAAGAGGAGGGGGCGGCGGCAGUGGCGGCGGAGGAGAAGGCGGCCGCCUCUGCACCCUCUGUCAAGGGGGUGUCGUUUGACCAGGCCAAUAACCUGCUGAUAGAGCCCGCUCGCAUUGAGGAGGAAGAGCUGACGCUCACCAUUGUGCGGCAGACGGGGGGCCUGGGCAUCAGCAUUGCGGGUGGAAAGGGCUCCACGCCCUAUAAGGGGGAUGACGAGGGCAUUUUCAUUUCCCGGGUGUCUGAGGAAGGCCCUGCGGCUCGGGCUGGGGUCCGAGUAGGUGACAAGCUCCUUGAGGUGAACGGCGUGGCCCUGCAGGACGCGGAGCACCAGCAGGCCGUGGAGGCACUGCGUGGGGCGGGCGCCACUGUGCACAUGCGGCUAUGGCGGGAACGCAUGGUGGAGCCUGAGAACGCAGUCACCAUCACGGCCCUGCGGCCCGAGGACGACUACAGCCCGCGGGAGCGGCGAGGGGGCAGCCUGCGCCUGCCCCUGCUCCCGCCCGAGCCCCCCAGGCCCCACCGCCAGCGCCACGUGGCCUGCCUCGUGCGCAGUGAGAAGGGGCUGGGCUUCAGCAUCGCAGGCGGGAAAGGCUCCACGCCCUACCGGGCCGGUGACGGGGGCAUCUUCAUCUCCCGCAUCGCUGAGGGGGGCGCCGCCCACCGGGCAGGCACCCUGCAGGUCGGCGACCGCGUCCUUUCUAUCAACGGGGUGGACAUGACCGAGGCCAGGCACGACCAUGCCGUCUCCCUGCUGACCGCCGCCUCGCCCACCAUCGCCCUGUUGCUGGAGCGGGAGGCUGGGGGGCCCCUCGCCCCGAGCCCUCUGCCCCACUCCUCCCCACCCCCCACUGCUGCCCCAGGGGAGCCUGGGCCUCUGAGGCUGUCCCCUGGUUUGCUGGCCGCUGCCCUGGAGGGGCCGUACCCAGUGGAGGAGAUCUGUCUGCCCAGAGCGGGGGGCCCCUUGGGGCUCAGCAUCGUUGGGGGCUCUGACCACUCCAGCCACCCAUUCGGUGUCCAGGAGCCUGGCGUGUUCAUUUCUAAGGUGCUCCCGCGGGGCCUGGCUGCACGCAGCGGCUUGCGGGUCGGGGACCGCAUCCUGGCAGUGAAUGGGCAGGAUGUGCGGGAGGCCACGCACCAGGAAGCAGUCAGCGCCCUGCUCCGGCCCUGCCUGGAGCUGGUACUGCUCGUGCGGAGGGACCCGCCGCCCCCGGGCAUGCGGGAACUCUGCAUCCAGAAGGCCCCCGGGGAGAGGCUGGGCAUCAGCAUCCGUGGGGGCGCCAAGGGCCACGCCGGAAACCCCUGCGACCCCACCGAUGAGGGUAUUUUCAUCUCCAAGGUGAGCCCCACGGGAGCAGCUGGGCGAGACGGCCGUCUGCGGGUGGGGCUGCGGCUGCUGGAGGUGAACCAGCAGAGCCUACUGGGCCUGACACACGGCGAGGCCGUGCAACUGCUGCGCAGCGUGGGCGACACCCUGACCGUGCUGGUCUGCGAUGGCUUCGACACCAGCACUGCCGCCCCCGAGGUGUCUCCAGGUGUCAUCGCCAACCCCUUCGCGGCUGGCCUUGGCCGCCGGAACAGCUUGGAAAGCAUCUCCUCCAUCGACCGGGAGCUGAGCCCUGAGGGCCCCAGCAAGGUCAGAGCCGCCCACAGCCAGCAGCCCCUGGGCUGGGAGCCUAAGGCCAUCGGCCCCGACCACUGUCUCCUCUGCUCACAGGAGAAAGAGCUGCCUGGACAGAUCCCACUGUGGGGCCCGGAGGCCACGGUGGUGCCUGGAAGUGGAGAGAUGGCUGAGGUCCCCUGCUCCCCUGGCCACCAGCAGAUAAAGCCUGGGGUGAUCCAGCCACUGGCUCAGGCCUGGCCAAGGGGCUCCCUGGCCCCCAGGGGCAGAGGUGGUCCCCAACCUCCCCCGUCCCCGCCCUCCCCUGCUGAGCUGCCGGCCAACGUGAAGCAAGCCUAUAGGACAUUCGCGGCUGUGCCCGGCCUACACCCGCCUCUGGACACCCCUGCCCAGCCCCCCAUGCCUGGGCCCACGGCCUCCCCGGAGCAGCUGUCCUUCCGCGAGCGGCAGAAAUACUUCGAGCUGGAGAUGCGGGUGCCCCAGGCCGAGGGUCCCCCUAAGCGCGUGUCGCUGGUGGGCGCCGACGACCUGCGGAAGAUGCAGGAGGAGGAGGCCCGCAAGCUACAGCAGAAGAGGGCACAGAUGCUGCGCGAGGCAGCGGCCGACACGGUGCACCCAGAAGCUGAUGCUCCCGAGGACGAAGAGCCUGAGGAGGAGCCACCCUGGGCCGGCCAGGGCCCCGCGGCUGAAGGGCUCGGCCCCGCGUCUCCCCCACCGCAGGGAGGCGGCGCCCCAGUGCGGACGGCCAAGGCCGAGCGGCGCCAUCAGGAGCGGCUUCGCGUGCAGAGCCCCGAGCUGCCGGCCCCAGAGCGGGCCCUGUCCCCAGCUGAGCGCCGCGCCCUGGAGGCGGAGAAGCGGGCGCUGUGGAGGGCGGCCAGGAUGAAGUCUCUGGAGCAGGACGCCCUCCGCGCACAGAUGGUCCUCAGCAAGUCCCAGGAGGGCCGAAGCAAGCGGGGGCCCCUGGAGCGCCUGGCCGAGGCCCCCUCGCCCGCGCCCACCCCGUCACCCACCCCCUUGGAAGACCUCGGCCCCCAGACCGGCACCUCCCCAGGACGAUUGGCCUUGUCUGGGAGGAAGUUUGACUACAGGGUGUUUGCCGCCCUCCCCUCUUCCAGACCUGUCUAUGACAUGCAGUCCCCAGAUUUCACUGAGGAGCUGAGGUCCUUGGAACCACCUCCAAGCCCCGGUCUGCCAGAGGAGGAUGGAGAGGUGGCCAUGGUGCUUCUGGGCAGGCCCUCUCCAGGCUCCGCGGGUCCCGAGGAGGUGGCCUUGUGCAGCAGCCGCCGGGCUGUGCGGCCAGGGCGCCGGGGCCUGGGCCCAGUACCCUCCUAG